AUGACUGCACGAGACUCCGCGAAGUUGCCGGAUGUGUGGGAUGAUAAUUGGGAGGCCCAUGUUGAUUCUGAACCACAUGCACAAGAUGGGACGACGGCACCUUCACUAGCUCCAGCUCCAGUUCCAGCUCCAGCGCUCGAGAAAAAGCUAUCUGCUCGAGCCAUAAAGGCUCAAAAACGGGCCCAACAUGCGGAGUUUAACCGUCAGUUAUGGGCUGAAGCAGAGUCCCCCCAAACCUUCCACUACCUAGAAUCACGAGCCGCCUCCGUCCCAAUGAGAUCUGACUUCAAGCAGCCAGUCACUGUCCUAAGCCGGAAACCCCAACUCGUCAAACAACGAAACUCGCAAUCGCAAUCACCCUCCGGCAUCUCCCCAAUCCCAACCCCUCCCGUUUCGAGUGCUACGGACGCCGCAACGGCAGGUAUCCAACAUCUCUCUGUCUCGGGCACUGCCACUAUCGCAAUGUCUCCGGAAAUUCUAACUAACGACUACGACGAUGACGACGACGAUGAGGGAGAGGAAAGGCCGAAGCUAACGCCAGAAGAGCUGCAGGCACAGCGCGAGCGGGAACGUGAGGAGAGACAGCGCAAGUACGAGGAAGUAAGAGAGCGGCUGUUUGGGAGUCCGUCGGCGGCUGGGUCGGGUGCCUCUUCGCCGGGUAACACGAGCACGACGCCACCGCCAUCACAGUCGCAGGUUCAUUCUCAUUCUCACCGAUCAGGUCCUGGUAUGAGAAGUAAGGGGAGGGCCGGUCGGCCUAACGCCGGCAACAGGGACAGUAGGGAGAGGAAGGAGAUAUCACCCAUUACCAAUAACAAUAAUAAACCCAAUAGGCAACUAUACGAUCCUAAUUAUCCCGGGCGGUCGACCCCUAGCCACGGGCAGAGAGGGGACAGGAGGCAGAAUUAUGUGAAUAAUGGGCAUGAAAACGAACGGAUGCAGGAGAAGCCGCAGCAACAACAGCAGCAACCACUUAGAACUCCCAGAGGUCCGGAUGGGAGUGGAAGGGGUGGGUUCGGUUUCAGCCCGCGGGGUGCGAAGUCGUUCGUAAAUCAGCUUCAUUCAAACCCUGCUAGUUAA